CAAAAAUUAUUUGAACAAGAGAUUUUGGCGCGUUAGGAUAGGACAAUUUUGCAAUUUUAUUUAUCUUCUAGUAUUAUGGAUAAUUUAACUAGCAAACAAGACAUAGUGUCUCAAUAUAAAUCACCAGAUAAGAAAAAGAAGCAAAUCAAGAGAAAGUGUAAAUCUGCUGAAAGUGCCAAUAAAACAAAGAGGAUAAUUAAGGAGAAAUUCAAACAUUAUGAUUUAUUUACAUUCAAGAAAAAGAGCAAAACUGUCGAAAACAGCCGAUCCGAGAAUGACUCGAGCCAAGUCAAUGUGAUACCAAUAAAGAAUCUUAUGGAAUUUGAUUCACCAGACAAAACAGAGAUAUUGGGGAAUAUUUCAUGCAGUGAGCAGGACUUUAAAAUUGAUAAGAAAUCGAUGAACCGAAAAGUAUCUAAUAUGUUGAAAGAUACUCUAAUUAUGAAUUCAUCACAAAAUAGUGACUUCGAGAUGAGUCAAAUUUAGUAAAUUAAGGGUUUUUCAUCCGUUGCAUAGAGAAACGAUACAGCGAUGAUACACAAACUUAUUUGGAUUAAAUUUUAUUCUGUAAGGUGCCAAUAUAAGCGUUUAGAAGUCAGCUAGUCAUUUAAUUAUUGUGAUAAGUUAUCGUUAAUCAUUUCAAAUAAAACUUUGGUAACGAC